AUGACAACGGAAGAAUCAUCUUGUGUUGUAUCGGCUGAUGUUGAAGAGAUUGAAGAAAAUGACGAUAAUGAACAUGAAAAAGAAUCGGAUAUAGAAGCGCAAUUUGAAGAUAUUCAACAUGUUUUAAACAAAUAUGGUAUUCUCAUCACACCAUCAUCUGACAGUCCACAACCAUCACAACAUCUAUCAAUUGAAUAUUUUGAUUUUCUUCGUUAUGAAAUUAUGUAUGAAAUUUUAAAUGUUGAAAAACAAUUUGAACGAUUAAAAAAUCUUUUAUAUGAAGAUAGUGUAUCGUUAAUUGAUCAUAAAGUACAAUUAAUUCAAGAUGAACAAGCACCCGAAUAUGAACAUGAAUUACGAAAAUUGUAUAAUGAAAUGCAAAUUCGAUUAGAAAUAGCUAAACAACGACGUAAUAUUGAAUUACAAGCAUUAGAAAACAGUAGUACCAGUGAAUUAUUAAGUUUACAACAAACAUUAGAAAAUGAUAAAUAUAUAUUAAAAGAUGAAAUGAAAGAAGAUAUUGAAAGAAAAAUUAAUGAAUUAGAAUCAUUAAAAUCAAAAACACGUUUAUGUGUUCAUAUUUUACAAGAAAUGUUUCCACAAGAAAUUAAUGUAAAAAGACGUUUAGAUUCCAUAGAUGGUAGUACGAGACAGAGUGCAAUAACGAAGAAAAAACGAGGUUCAUCGUCAGCGACAACAAUUCAAUCAAAUACACAAGCAGUAUUUUAUCAACUAUCCGAUAUUGAUAUUCUUGAAGAUUGGUCUGUAAUUAAAAAAAGUUUAUCGAAAGAAGAGGAAGAAGAUGAUGAUGAUGAUGACGAGGAUGACGAUGACGAUGAUAAUGAUGAUGAUGAUGACGAUGACGAAGAGGACGUAUACAAUAAUAAUAAUGAUUGUGACACUAGAAUAAUUAUAAAUGAUUUUGAAAAUGAAGGUAGUGGUCGAAAUAGUAGUAUGACUUUGAACGAAGAUGAAGAAAACAGUAUAUAG